GGUUGGUUGGCUGGCUUUGGUUUGACUUUUUUCGAUGGCGGGAUCUCCAGUCUAUUCAAGUACGCCAAAAGGCUCUACCAAACGAGGUAUCAAGGAGCUAAACUUAGAAACACCACACAUCCCACUGGCUGAAGGUGGUAUCAAGAGAAAGAAGACAGCGACGGUGCCAGAACAGUUGAACCUGUCAAAUCUCUCGUUGCCUGUUGAUCUUGAUUCGAAUGUCAGUUCAUCCCGUCGUUCUGUGCUUAAGAAACUGUGUCAGCCGAAGAAAACAGCAACAGGUACGUCUACGAUUAUGAUUGUGAUUGUUGUUGUUAGUGUUUACAUUCAAUUUUACUAUCAUCUUUGGUUAUGCGAGUAAUAAUACGGAGUUUGUGUUUCGCUGUUUCUGACAUGUUCUGAAGAUAUCUUUUGAUAUGUGGUAAAAUCAUGGCAUUUAGUUGGUUAGUUUGCUGACAAUGAAAUCCACUUGAGUAGAUGCACAUUUUGUCCUGUUUAAGAGCCAACAACUGUAGAUAUCUGUCCCUUCUCUCCAGUGGUUGUUGGUGUUGGUGAUGAUCCCAGUGAGACGAACCGAGCAGUGAUCGUUUGAAAAGCCACAUCUGAAGACUCAUGUGGUGUUAUUUGGUUGGUGUUUGAUGAGUGACAAGUGACGAGUGCUAACUGUUUAGGAAGAGGUGAUUCUGGUGAGAUUGUGGAUAAGACUUUGGUUGUUGAAACAAUAAGUAUUAAUUUCGAGUGUUAGAGGAGGUGCGGGGGUGGGGGGAGAGGGCAAACGAUCACUCACUGAAGAGACAGAUACAUC